ACCGGAAGUUCCGUGUGACUUCCGUCCUGAAUCCACCGGUUGGGUUUUGCUAGGUUCCGUUAGCUGACAGAAGUGCUUCAAACCUCCUUGUGCUUAAAAUGUCUCACCCAACAUCCUCCGACAAGCCUUCAAAUGCUGCAAACCCUCGUGUCUUCUUCGAUGUAGACAUUGCCGGAGAAAGAGUCGGCCGAAUUGUUUUGGAGCUGUUUGCCGAUAUCACCCCCAAGACUGCUGAAAACUUCCGGGCGCUCUGCACCGGAGAGAAAGGCACCGGCAAAUCCACCGGGAAACCACUGCACUUCAAAGGAUGCCCGUUUCACAGAAUUAUUAAGAAGUUCAUGAUCCAAGGAGGUGACUUCUCCAACCAUAAUGGCACUGGGGGUGAGAGCAUCUACGGUGAGAAGUUUGAGGACGAAAACUUCCACUACAAGCAUGACAGAGUGGGUCUGCUGAGCAUGGCCAACGCUGGGCCAAACACCAACGGUUCACAAUUCUUCAUCACUACCGUCCCUACGCCACAUUUAGAUGGCAAACAUGUGGUGUUUGGACAAGUGCUGAAAGGGAUGGGAGUCGUAAAAAUGCUAGAAUCGAUUGACACGAAAGAGGAUGCACCUGUAGAGCCAUGUGUCAUCGCAGACUGCGGUGAGCAUAAGGACGGGGACAGCUGGGGGCCUGCACCAAUCGACGGAUCAGGGGAUACCCACCCAGAAUUUCCUGAGGACUCCGACAUUGACUUCAAAGAUGUUGACAAAGUUCUGGCUGUUGCUGAGGAUGUGAAGAAUAUUGGAAACAACCUUUUCAAGGGGCAAGACUGGAAUGCUGCAGUCAAGAAGUACAACAAAGCCCUCAGGUACUUGCAGGUGAGUGGAGAGGUGGUAGAGGAGGAACAGCAGAAGAAGCUGGAGCCCACAGCCCUGAGCUGCUUCCUUAACACGGCAGCUUGCAACCUGAAGAUGCAGCUGUGGCAGGACGCUCUGGAGAGCUGCAGCGAGGCUCUAGAGUUGAAUCAGACGAACACUAAGGCACUUUUCCGUCGGGCUCAGGCGUGGCAGGGGAUGAAGGAGUACAGCAAAGCAAUGGUUGAUCUGAAGAAAGCUCAGGAAAUAACUCCGGAAGACAAAGCGAUCAGCAACGAGAUGAAGAGGGUGCAGCUUAAAAUCCAGGAGGAGAAGGAGAAAGAGAAGAAAAUCUAUGCCAAAAUGUUUGCAUGAAAGUGAACGGUUAAUCACGUCAAAUACACGUCUCUGCGUAUGAAGCUGUAUUCGUCCAGGUUGGGACUUUGUAACCAGGUAAAGCUGCACAGUUCAGUUGUUUUAGUCGGGCACACGUCACACCUCAUUUUCCUGUAUUUACACGCCGUGACCUGUUUUUUCAGUGAAAUGAACACUUGGCUGUUUGUUGUGGAGUUGUCUUAUCACAUCCUGUCUUAUCUUAGGGAUUUUGAUACAAUUGUCUAGAAAACAUUCAGUAGAUCAAUUUUUUAUUUAUGUUUUUUUUUUUACAGAGGUCACCAAAUCAAAAAAACGUCAACUGUAAUUUACUCAAUACUGUGAUAUUACUUGAAAGAGGCUGUUGUUUUUUUUUAACAGAGUAUUUCCGUUAAAUGUAGCUUUUAUGGCUCUUAAGGUUGAGACCAGAGAUGUGCAUAUUGGCCAGAUGUUUUACGUGAAGUCGCAACCUUUACAGAGGUAGAGCCACAUUUAUUAGAAAUAUACCAUGUUAAAAAAAGUUACCCUCUAAUGACAUUAUGUACAAAACUGUGCAGAU